ACUCGUUUCGCUAUCUCGACUUCUUCUUUCUUCUGCUUCUUUGAAUCAAAGCUCUGUUUUAGUGCUUGCAACAACAAUAACUAAGCCAGCGUUUUUUUUUCUCUUUUCUUUCUUAUAAAGAACCAACAAAUGGGUUUUGUUUAAUGGUUCUGCUUUGUGAAAGAACGAGUCGUGGGUUACGAUUCUGUUGACUUGGCUAUCAUAGAAGAACACUACACCAUACAUUUUAGAGAAGGAAGAAAAAAAACUUUCUCGACACGGAAAGGGAGAGACUUUUCUCAAAGGAGAGAAAACACAACAUCCCAAAGUUCAAAACCUCUCCAAGGAUUUGGCUUUUUUUUUGUCUCUCUUCCUUUCUCUACUUCGCCCCCACGACAAGAAAUUCUCUCUCUCUAUAAACAUAUUUCACCUCACCUCACCAUUUCUAUUUUCUCUCUCUCUCUCUCUAUACAAUUUUAACCUUCUUUUUUCUUUCUUCAUAAUCUCUCCAGUUUUCAAGAGCUUAUUUUACUUCGUUUUCUUUGAUUCAACAUGGUUUCCUGUCAAGAUCUUACCACCGGACCUCUCUUUAUGAAUUCUUGAAUGACGUUUAUGCUCUCAGAUUUCUUUUACUCCCAAUCAGUUUAUGCUUCUUUGCUCUUUCUCCUCUUCAUCAAAGUUUAAAAUCAUACCGCGUUGACCUUCUUCAUCUUCUGGUCUCCUCUCAAGUUUCUGUUUAAAACUCGAAGAAACUUCACAAAGUUUCUAUCUUUUACUCUUGGUUCUUCUUCUUGCUCUCUGUCAUCAAGUCGAGAUUCAGAAGGUUGGUACCAAAAAUGGCGAGCAAGUCUGGUCAGAAAGUCAGGUUGGUGAAAUGCCCCAAGUGCUUUAAGAUUCUUCAGGAAUACGAAGAUGUUCCUGUUUAUCAGUGUGGUGGCUGUUCAACUAUCCUUCAAGCUAAAAGACGGACUAUUGCUCCAAACAUAACACCAAGUGAAGAAGGCGCAGAGGUUGCUCAAGCCAGUGAACCAGGUGAAGGAGGUACAGAGGGUGCUCAAGCAAGUGAACCGCCUGAAACCAACAAUGUGUCCAGCAGCUCAGAGCAGGACACGGUUCUUCCACCACCCACAGAUCGUUCCACGGGAAAGGUUGAUGAGAAGGCUAGGGAUGGAUCCUUGGAGUCUACUGAGAAUCAGCUCGGUGGCUCUAUAAGAGAGGAGAGGAAUGAAAACCAACUCCAAGAACGCUCACUUGAUGAUUCUGACAAGAACGAAGGAGAAGACAACUCCAGAAGACUGAAGUCUGAUAUAAAACUCGUGGUACAAGCUAUGGAACCGGGGACUACUAGCUCAGGAAGUUUGAAUGCUGAUCAUGUGGUGGAUGAUGCAAGAGCGAGCGAUUCGUCCAGUGAUGCUUACCGCAAGCUCGAAGCUGGCACCUCUCCUGAUGCUUCUCCGGUUGAAGAAGAGCAAAACGAAGAUGAUUACUUUUUCAACGGUCACAGGGAGUCAACAGAUGAUAAUCCAGCAAACAAGACUUGUUCUACCUAUGAUGAGAGUGAGUCUUCCUCCGACGAAAGAGAAGACGAACUUCUCGAUGAAAACGAACAAUGGGAAGCUCUUCAGGAAAUAAGCUCAGGCAAAUUUCAAAUGCAGAGAUACCCUGAAAAUUUCAAGGAGCAAAGAAGAGGUAGUUCCUCCUCAGCCACUACUUUCUCUGACAAGAGGCCUAAUGUGACUACAACAACCACAUACAUGGAACGGUAUCAGAACAGGUCUCUGCAACUUGAGGGACCAGGAGGACGUCUUGGAAGACAAGGGAGGAAUCAUAUGACACGGCCUAACAUACCUUUCUAUCCGAGAGAACCAUACACACGUGUAAGCCCUUCAUAUCCAUCCCAAGAUGAGUUUGAUCGGCACUCCCGUGCACACUCGCUUCAAAUGCCUCCGUACGAGAGUGCUGACCAUAUGUAUCACAACAUCACAAGAGCAAGAGGUCGGGGACAAGGGAGCAGGUUCUCAGGAGAGAUGACGAAUGACAGAAGAAACCAUCCCGGUUGGUAUUCAGGGCAGCUUCAUAGCUCUUACAGUUCGUAUCCUGCAAGUCCACAAAGGCCAAUGGAACAACAACCUGCGUAUUAUCCGAGAUGGAGCCACGAGAUAGUCUCUGAUGCGGAGGAUCGUCAGCGUGAUAGACAUGCAGGUGGCCACCACCAUGACUUACAGGCCCGUCGUCUAAGAGAGAGACAACGCCUGGCCAAGCGUCAUAUCCGUCCAACAGCCGGUGGGGCCCCUUUCGUUAGCUGUUACAGCUGCUCAGAAAACCUACAGCUUCCUGUGGACUUUCUCAUCUUCAAGAGGAAGUAUCAUCUUCUCAGAUGCGGCAGAUGCACCACUGUUCUCAGAUUCUCACUUGAGUCCAGAACUCAUUUAGUUCCUGCUGUAAAACAUGACAUAAACGCUAGCAAUUCAAUACUAGAGUCUCCCAGAGACAAAGCUCCUUUCAAACCACCAGAAAAGCCGAACUCCUCUGCUCAGGAAGAGGAGAUACCUGUAGCUAGAGGCUCUCCGCUUCAUAGGCUGAUGGGAUACUCUACUGUGAGCCAAGUCUUUAAAGCCUCUCAGCGUCCUCCUUCUCUGUAGACCUCUGCUUCUGAGAUCAAGCAACGAGAACUAUGCGCUUCUCAGAUGGAAAGUUUUGCCAUUCUUUUUUCUCAAAUCUGUGUAUAGGUAAAAGAUUUGUUUAUGCACUUCUGUUUAACACCAUGACACUUGUGCAAAUUACACAUAAGAUAUUUUUUAUCUGUUGUAGAUAGUUUCAUGUAGUAUUUGUUAUGUUUGUAACAAUAUUGAAUUCAUUACCAAUCUACUAUAACUUUACCA